AAGGCUUUUUUCGUCCGUCAUGGUGAGUGGUGUUGGUUUAUUGAUAACGUGAUAACGUAAUCAAACGCAAAUGAACCGAACUCGCAAGUGUGGAUAGCUCCCAAUGGAUCAUAACAGCCUGUUCUUCUAAUUAAUCACAAUGAAGAAACUUAAUUGGAGUGGUUUAGACUUUCUACGAAGGGAUCGAGGAGCGAUCGCUCGCGAAUCGAGCUCUAAUACAUCAACCCAAUUAGUGACCAAUCGAUGGAGCUCUGAGUCAAAACUUCACAUGACGGACACAGUUUCUCAGAGCAGUGGUGAUCUAAAUCAAGAGAAACCUCUCUCUAAUAAAGGCAGGUUAAGUUUCAGUGAUCUUCUUAGGCUAAAAAGAAAUCCAACUGCACAGGGAUACUCAGAACCCAAAACUAAAUCCAGCUUACUUGACACAUUGAAACGCAAGUUCAAGAUUGCACGAAGUGAACACUCUCGCAUCAGACAAAUGAACAAGAGACACAGUUUCUCCCUUUCUAUUUCAUCCAUUGCAGAAGAAUCAAGUGAGCGUGAUUCAUUACAGAAGAGCAAAACAUUACCCACUGUUCAACAAAAUUGUCGGCUAUGUGCUCUGCCUAACUCUGUGAGAAGUGCAAGAGACAAUUAUUGUGCUAUUCAUAAUCUUGAUCCACUCUCAGAAAAUCAAGAUGAUAAUAAUGACAACAGCUUAUCAGUAGCUGUACAAGAAGCAAGGCCACCUCCUGUCAAUGGCUCAGAAUCUUUAUAUCCCAUUAGUACUGCAGAAACCGAAAUGUCCUCACAUAGUCCUAGAAGCGCGGUGGCACUAACCACAGCUGCCUCCAAUAAUAGUAACUUAGCCUGGGAACUCUUCAAAUUGGUCAAAUAUGGAUGGUAUUGGGGGCGAAUGACUCGGGGAGAAGCAGAGCGGAAGUUGAUAGAUCAGCCCGAUGGAGCCUUUCUGGUGCGUGAUUCGUCCGACGAUUGUCACCUGUUGAGCUUGAGUUUUCGUUCUUAUGGGCGAACGUUGCAUACACGGAUUGAGCACACUAACGGCUACUUCAGCUUUUAUGCCUACCCAGAGGCCGAACAGCACAGUAGUGUCGGCCAACUUAUCGAGCACUUGAUGGAUACGUCUCGUUCUGGCAUCUUUUGCUAUUCUAGGUCGCGUUCUCCUGGAUCUCCCUCCUACCCCGUCCGAUUGACCAAGCCUGUAUCGCGUUUCUCAGAAGUGCUACCAUUGCAGUACAUGUGUCGCUUCGUCAUUCGCCAGUACGUCCGGAUGGAUCAUAUUGAAGCUCUGCCUCUGCCCGAGUCCCUCAAAUCUUUCAUCGUUCGGGGCAAUUCGUAAAUAUGAAAUUCUCUCACAAAUGUCAAAGGAGUGCCUCUCCAUUAUUGGAGAGCGGGAACUAAACAUGCUGUUGAUCGCAUUUCGUGGAUCUAUGCGUGAACCGGAUAAUCAGUAUAAAAUAUAUAUAUAUAUAUAUAUUCUAAUACAGUGUUUUAUGCUGAAAA